AUGUCUUCCUCUGGAGUUACUACAGCUAUCAGAGGAGCAAUUUUGUUGCUGGCCCUUUUGGUUUUUCUUGGAAAUAUUAUGAUGUGGAUCAUUAUGCCGACCGAUACUUAUUACAACGACUGGUUGCCUCAUAUUCUUGCCGAUACGAAUUCAACCUUCUUUGGCAUACAAGGUCCAAUAAUGUUGGAUUUCACAUUUCCCAUAUUGUUCAUCGCCGUGCUUGGCUGCUUGUAUUUGCAUCUGGGAAACAAAACAAAGAUUGUCACCACUAAAAGUAAAUGUGACGACAAGUUGAGGUUCAUGAGGCGGCCGAUGAUCGUUAAGGGGCUUGGGAUAGUUACCGUAACAGAGUUAGCCUUGUUCACCCUGUUCGUAGCUCUCUGUGUUUGGUAUCACGCGGAUUAUGUACGCCAUUGGUUCAAGCAAGUUGUACCGCGCUCCAUAAUGAAACACGAAAAAGUAUGGCAAACCAAAUUGGACAGAGUGGGUAUUGUGACAGGGGUGACAGGGAAUUUGUGCCUCACAUUUUUGUUCUAUCCUGUUACAAGAGGUUCUUCUAUUUUGCCUAUGUUGGGACUAACAUCUGAGGCCAGCAUAAAGUACCACAUUUGGCUUGGAAACAUGGCCAUGGCACUUUUCACAGCUCAUGGCUUCCUCUACAUUGUUUACUGGAUCGUCACCGAUAGAUUAUCAGAGAUGUUACAAUGGGGAGACCACUAUGUAUCAAACAUAGCAGGAGAAAUCUCCUUACUGUGUGGACUGACCUUGUGGAUCACAACUUACCCUACCAUUCGAAGGAACCACUUUGAACUCUUCUACUACACACACCAACUCUAUGCCCUCUUCAUCAUCUUCUUCAUACUACACAUCGGCAUCGGCUUCGCUUGCAUCAUGCUCCCGGGCUUCUACCUAUUCCUCAUUGACCGAUACCUAAGGUUUUUGCAAUCAACCCAAAAUGUCAAUUUGGUCUCCGCCCGUGUCCUCCCGUGCGACACGCUCGAGCUCAACUUCUCCAAGAGCCGGAACCUGAAGUACAACCCAACAAGUAGCAUCUUCGUAAAUGUGCCCUCCAUUUCUAAGCUUCAAUGGCAUCCUUUUACAAUCACAUCAAACAGUAAUUUGGAGUCAGAGAGGUUAAGCGUCGUGAUCAAGUGUGAGGGCCAGUGGACACGAAAGCUUUACGACCUUGUCUCGUCUCCUUCAACCAUCAAUCAUCGUCUCCAAGUAUCGAUCGAAGGGCCAUACGGGCCGGCUUCAACUAAUUUUCUCAGGCAUGACAUGCUGGUGAUGAUCAGUGGAGGCAGUGGCAUAACACCCUUCAUCUCCAUAAUUAAAGAGCUUAUCUACAUCAAUACAACCCUCAAAUGCCAAACACCCAAAAUUCUACUCAUCAGUGUCUUCAAGAACUCCUCAAACCUCUCCACGCUCGACCUCAUCCUCCCGAUUUCCAACUAUACGAACCCUUUUGACUUGAACCUCAAAAUCGAGGCCUACGUCACGAGAGAAAAAGGGCACCCGAAGGACGACGAGUCUCCCACCUCACAAAUCGUGUUAUUCAAAUCGGACCCUUCAGAUAGGCCCGUGUCUCCUGUUCUUGGCCCGAACGGAUGGCUCUGGUUGGCUGCCAUAAUCUCGUCAUCCUUCGUCAUUUUCUUGGUUAUGUUGGGGAUAUUUACGCAAUACGUGGUGUACCCGAUCGACCACAAUACCAACAUGCUCUACUCGUACACCAAGAAAGGGUCGACAAACAUGCUACUCGUAUGCUUCUCGAUUAUGAUGGCGACGAGCGGCGCUUUCUUGUGGAACAAGAAACAGAAUUCAAAAGAGGUCAAAAACAUUCAAGACUUGGAGGAAUCGUUGACCAACCGAUCAACCAAUUCUUCGUUCGAACGUGAGGAGGAUAUCGAGAUGGAGAGCCUUCCUCUACAAUCGGCCUUGGAAUCGUCGGUCAACGUGCAUUAUGGACAGAGGCCCGAUCUCAAGAGGAUUUUGUUAGGGAUUAAGGAGUCAAGUGUUGGGGUACUUGUUAGUGGGCCAAAGCAAAUGAGAGAGGAUGUUGCAGCCAUAUGCUCAUAUGGGCUGCAGGCUGGAAAUCUUCAUUUUGAGUCCAUCAGUUUCACUUGGUGA